AUGCUGUCCCGUGUCGGUGCGGCAAAGCAGUUUCUGCAGGCCGCGAGGACCAACAAGCACUUGAACGCCUUCAUCUCGCUCAAGCCCGAGGCGACGCUUCUUGCGGAGGCUGCGUCGGUGGACGCCCGGUUGCAAUUGGCCGGGACUUUGCAAAAGAAGUCGGAGCAUAGCAGCAGCAGCAGCAGCAGCAGCAGCAUCGAUGGCCGCAUCAUCGCCGUCAAGGACAAUAUCUGCACCACCGACCUGCCCACGACCUGCGCUUCAGAGAUGCUCCGAGACUACGUCUCGCCCUACGAAGCCACGGUCGUGCAGAACCUGAAGCGCGCCGGCGCAAUCAUCAUGGGCAAGACCAACAUGGACGAGUUUGGCAUGGGAUCCCACUCCAUCUACUCCGCCUUCGGCGCCGUGGUUGGGCCCUCGCCGCCAGAGGACCCGCAGCCGCGAUCGGCGGGCGGAAGCUCGGGCGGGAGUGCGGUCGCUGUGGCCAUGGGCAUGUGUGAUGCUGCGUUAGGAACAGACACCGGCGGAUCCGUGCGACUGCCAGCGUCGUACUGCGGCGUGGUUGGCUUCAAGCCGUCCUAUGGCAUGCUCUCCCGCCUCGGGGUUGUGGCCUAUGCAAACUCGCUGGACACCGUGGGGAUCCUGGGGAAGGACGUGGAGAGCGUGAAGAACAUUUUCGAUGCGAUCAACGAGCACGAUCCCCGCGACCCCACAAGCCUGUCCCCCGAGACGCGCAAACGCCUGCGCGAGAAUCUCUCAAAAUCAAGCUACAACAAAGCCUCUCUCCGAAUCGGCAUCCCCACAGAAUACAACGUCACCGAACUCACCCCCGCCGUGCGCGAAGCCUGGGAAACCACCGCCCAGACUCUCCUCUCCCUCGGCCACCGCAUCACCCCCAUCUCCCUCCCGCACACCCCGCACUCCCUCUCCUCCUACUACGUCCUCGCGCCCGCCGAGGCCUCCUCCAACCUCGCCAAAUACGACGGCGUGCGCUACGGCCACCGCUCCGCCGCCGACCGCAGCAGCCCGGACAACAUCCUCUUCGCGCCCACGCGCCACGACGGCUUCGGCGCCGAGGUGCGCCGCCGAAUCCUCAUGGGCGCAUAUGCGCUCAGCUCCGAGGCAAAGGAGAACUACUUCAUCCAGGCGCAGCGCGUGCGCGCGCUCGUGCAGAGCGACUUUGACGCCGCGUUUGUGCAGCCGAAUUGGCUCAAGAUGCGGCACAAGGACAAGCGGGCGCCGCCUAGGGAUGGGGGGCAGGGGCGUGUGGACGUGAUUCUGGCGCCAUGUGCGCUGUCGGCAGCGCCGUUGUUGAGCGAUGUGAGGGCGCAGAGGUCGCCGCUGGAUGCGUAUGUGAAUGAUGUGCUGACGGUGCCGGCGAGCCUGGCGGGGGUGCCGGCGGUGAGCGUGCCGGUUUGGGUGGAGGGUGGGCGGAAUCCGGAGGGGCGGCCGAUUGGGAUGCAGGUUAUGACGCAGUUUGGGGAUGAGGGCGUGUUGUGGGAGGCGGCGAAGAUCUUGGAGGGGUUGGGCACUAUGAAGGCCUGUGAAGGCAGGUAG